AUGAGCCGGAAACUUUCUCUGGCUGGUUCAGCCAGCGUGUUUCUCGUCCUGAUGAUCCCUUUGGUCUGCGGAGAUGCUGUCUCGACUUCGAUCCAUGCAGCCACUCCUCCUACUCAUUCGAAGAGGAUGCCUGCAAGGGAAGUCUCGCACGUUGACGUGACUCAAGCUCCCCCUGUCGCCCCUGUCUCCUCCAGGAGGACCAGGGCUGGCGUGCCGAUUUCCCGUGAAGUCUCCACCGUGGAUGUCACACAACAGAACGCGGAGGAUUUGAAGUUGCGAACGGGUCAUGAGGCAAAUCCACAGCAGUCGAAGUCUGAUGAUUGGCUCUCUGAGCUUGGCGAGCUUGGCGAUGUACUUGGGGUUGGAUCGUUCAGUGUCGUGCAUGCGGCAAAGAAUUUGACGUCAGGACAGAUUCUAGCAGUGAAGAUUGUGAGGAUCCCGCACGACAAUCCGAUCUUUGUCAAGCGAUUGAAGAGGGAGGUUUCAAUCUUGCAAGAGAUCGAUCAUCCGAACAUUGUGAAGCUUGUUCGGGUUCACGAAACCCCCGACUGCUGUCGGAUGGUAACAGAGAGAUGCUUUGGAGGAGAAUUGUUCAGCCUCCUGGAGGGUAUUGAGUUUGAAGCUGAUGGAGUGAGAAAUUGGGUCUCACCAGAAGGGAAAGUUAUUCAGUUCACUGAAAGCUGCAUUGUCGAUAUCGUGUAUCAGGUGCUUUCUGCAGUAAAGUACCUCCAUGAUAGAAAGAUUGUUCAUAGAGAUCUCAAGUUGGAGAACGUUCUCCUUGUUGACGAUUACAAAGAGGGAAGCUUUCCACUUGUCAAGGUCGUGGACUUCGGCUUUGCCAAGGUCUUGAAAGAGGGUGAGACGCUCGUGUCUGCCUGUGGCUCCCCGCAUUACGCGUCUCCUGAGGUGGUCGGGGCAAAGAACACUGGGGUUGGGUAUCGCUUUGAGUGCGACAUGUGGGCAAUGGGGGUCAUCUGCUACACGCUUCUAUGCUGUCAGUAUCCUUUCGAUGGCGACAGCGAUGUGGACGUGAUCAACCGCGUGCAGAAAGGAGAUUUUGAAUUUCCUGAUCACGUCAAGAUCUCUCCUGAAGCAGAAGACUUUGUGCGGGGGUUGGUUUGCGUCGACAUCACGAAGAGAACCACAGCGAAGGAGGCUCUGAAGCAUCCUUGGAUUGUCAAGAACAUCGAGAAGACUAAGAUGGCUCUGUCGGGCAUGACGGGGAACCCCAGCAGCUUCGGAAACCUCAUAGGGCUGAGGAGCGGCGAUGCCUGCGAUGCCUCUAACGACUGACGGGCGUGAAAGUUUCUCGUUGCCUCGACUGACCGUCCUCGCCAUGUCCUCACGUGUGAGAGUGUACGCCUCGCGCUUGAGGUCCAACAAACGUCCCAACCUGUGAGAUAGGCUCAUCUCCUUUGUGCUAUACACACUUGUCAAGGCAGACAUGUCAAAUUGUGAAUUCAGUUUGCUGUGAAGCAUCGUGGGGUGGAAGAUGCGCACGCUUGUUACAUUUAUCUCUAUUCUGUU